AUGGAACGGACGGAGACGCGCGAGACGGCGCGCGCGGGACGGCGGGCGGCGGACGGGGCGAGACGCGUCGUCUUAUCGUGCGUCCUCGCCCUGGUCUCGGUGCGAGGGACGGUGAUGGUGGUCCCGAGGGCGCACGCGGAAGCGGCGCCGCGGGCGACCGCGAGCGCGGCGGUGCGCGCGCGGUCGGGGGCGAUGGGGGUGGUUGACGAAUUGGGGGCGCUUCGCGCGCGCGUGCGCGCGGGGGCGACCACCGCGAUGGCGAAGAGUUUGUCCACCGUCGGCGACGCCUUGCACGCGAUCGAGCUCAAGACGCAAGAGGAUUGGAACGUGGAGGAUGUCUGGGUCCUGUUCGCGUGGAACUGGCUCAUCAGACGCGGACGGGAGAAGGCGUUUCGCGCGUCGGAGCGAAUGAAGACGUUGCUGGUUCAAAAUUACCGAGAAGCGCAGUUCGAGAAAAGCUUUCUCAGCUGGGUCAAGGCGCCGAUGCGAGUGAUUCAGGCUUUGUUCGUCGUGUCGUACGUCUUCGACGUCGGAUGCUCGAUGAUCGACAUGUUGAGCACGGAGUGGGACAUCCCGGAGUACAUCAAGCUCGGAUUCGACAAGGGGUCGUACACGUUCUCGCUCGGGAUCAUCGUCGUCAUGGCGAUUCAGCAGUACGGACCGAAAUUGCUCGGGCGGUUUUUACCAUCGAUCAGAGAGGAUGCGAGUCUACAGCUCGUGAUCACGCGUCUUACGUCAGCCGCCGUCGUCGUGACGACGCUCAUGCUCACGCUCUCCGCGUUCGGCAUACCGGCAAAAGUUUUAUUCUCGUUCGGCGGUCUCGGAGGUCUGGCGUUCGGUUUGGCGGCCAAGGAUUUCAUCAGUAAUCUCAUCGGCGGUCUCGUCUUGGCCGUCAUGCGUCCGUUCAAGGUGGGAGAGAAGAUAUAUCUCACCGGCGGCGGCGGUAAAUAUCGCGAUUCCAAGGAGAAGGAUGUCAGUAAUUACAAGGUGGCGGAAAUCGGCUGGUAUCAGACCAAGCUCAUCCCGAAGGAUGGAAAGGUGACGACGAUCCCGAACGGCUACUUUCUUGGUGCGAACGUCAUCAACACGUCUCGCGAACCAAACGAGUGGCUCGGGCCGCAGCUUCGAAUCGCGCUAACCGACUUUGAAGGCAUCGAAGCCUUGACGAAGGAGCUCCGAACCUUCCUCUCGCAACACCCAGACGUGAACUCGGCGUACAAGGCUCCGGAAGUCGCGCUGAAAAAGAUCGAGGUCGACCAUUUAAUGGUGCAGGUCGAGAUGUUCAUGCACGGCGACGCGUACUAUGGCGAAAAGAAGUGGAAAGAAAAGCGUCAAGCCAUUCUCAUCGACAUCGUAAAGAUCGUCAAAAAGCACUGCCCAAACUCCCCGGCGUUACCCACCGACAGGACGUACGCGAUGCCCGCGUCGUCUUCGGCGUGA